UAUAUACAGUUAUUCAUUUAUAUAUUUAUUUAACAGAUUUUCAGGGCAGUAUGAAAAGGAAAAAUUCUAAUUGAUAACACACAGCUAACUUACCAUAUACCAAAUCAAUACUUUCAUAUACUAUACUGAUGACUCAAUCUGGCAACCUUUUACAGCACAUCCUGUUUAAUAGGGCACAUUUGCUUGUCAUCCCUCCAGCGAUACAUGAUUUGGCAUCUUUUCUAACUUCCAGUCAGGUGCUCACUGACAUGUUCUAUCAGAUUUAUAUAUUAUAUUACUAUUUAAAUACUUUCUACAUAUUUCUGUAAUAAAUACUGUAGUCAUUAUUUAAUAUUAUGAACACCAACUACAGUAGGUUAUAUAGAAUAUUUUAUACAAAUAUAAUAAAGAUAUAAAUAUGUACUGGAUAUUUCUGAAAACUUUAUUUAUUUAGGUUAUACCGAAAAUUUCAGAAAACUAUUGUAGCGUACAGUUACGGUCCUAACAUUUGCAGAAAGAAAAAUAUAACAUGGGCAACUGCAACCGGAUUAUUUAGAAAACCCGGGUUAUUAGUGCAGUGAAGAUUUGAAGAACAUAUGAAUCGUUAAAAAAUGCAAAGUUGUGGUUUUACAGCGUAAGCUCUCAAUAAUUUUGAUUCGAAACACGCCUGUACUAAAAUGAGAUACCGGUGUAGCAAUUUCAUUUGACACUCAACCAGGAUUUUAAUAAUUUCUCACACCCUGACCUCCCGUCCCAGUCCCACCUUAAUUUAAGAUUAAAGUGUUGGCAUUUGGUCACCAAAGAGUAAUAAAAAAAGCAAUUGAAAACCAUUAGAAAGUGCUCCUUAUAUCACAUUUAAAGCAUGGGUUCAUGCUAACGCAUUGCAGAACUGUAAAAAGGUGAAAUUAACAUCGUAACAAUGGUCUACUUCCACGACGAUUGGUGCGCUGCUGCAAUACUAAUACUGGUGACAUCAGAUAGGUUUCGAAAAUAAAACCAAUCCAUUAUGAAUUGAUAUGUUCUUCUGAACCCGCUGAUCAAUAUUAUUUCCUUUUGUAUGUACAUGACUGACCGCUUGACUAAAAAAAAUAAAAAUAAAAAUACCCCACCAACAUGUUCCUAUUUUGGUCUGACCGUGAAACAAUACCGAGUGCGCUCCUGUGGUAGGCUGGUGGAAAGUGUUCUUAUAUUGUAGUAAAUAUAUCAGGUUACACCUGCUUCCAUUACCUGUAAUCCACGUAGUUUGAUUUCUGUUUAUGUUCUUUUUUAAUCGUAACUUAACUAUGCUUUAGCUUACCGUAUUAAAAUAAAUAUUUCCAGACACAAUACAAAAACAUAUGUUUUACCCACAGACAGAAAAAUAUAAGCUUGACAAAAACAGAACUGCAUGUUUAGCUGUAUGUUUAUGUCAUACUUGUAUUUUCAAAAGACACAUUUCUUCUUUUAUAGCUUCUUUUUUUAUAAAGAGAUGACAUUAUAAACUUUAUAUCUGAAGGUAUUUUUUUAGCAAAACAUUUAUAGUAACUACUUGAAGUUAUUUUUUGUCUUGUAACAAAAUACUGCAAUACUGCAAUUCUAUACGGGUUUUAUAUUUGAUCACAUGACGUCCCUUUAAACUUAUUUUGAGCCGAUUCUGUUUCCUAAUUAAACUCAGAAAAAGCUGUUAAUUACAAAACAAUGUCACUUGUGUUUACCUUUAUAUCUUGACUGAGCCCGAUUCUCUUUCGCUUAAUUACAUUUCAUUAUUGCAGUGGCAUAUCUAUUAAACCCAUUCUUUUAAUCGGUAGUGUUCUCUUUAUUAGAAGGCAGAGACAUCUUAACAACGACCAAUGAACAUUUAAAGGAAGAUUUGGAAAAAACGAAUAGUUGAAGCUCUUUAUAGUGCUGUCUAACAAGGCACAUGUGUGUUCAUCGUUUAUUUACUCUGGUUUGCCAGAAGGUGGCAACAAACCAUAUACUUGACAAACAUUUUAAUACAGUAAAAACAUUCCACGCCAUCGCAUAGCACAUGGCAAACGUGAAAACAAGACUUUAUUGUUUUUUGUUAUAAAUGACUGCGUAAUUGUAUCUCUUCACGUGCACUUUCUAUUUAAAACACAUUUCAAGUACCCUCGGUGCACCAUAGUCAAUAAGCUCACCUUUAUACAGGGUGCGUCUGGGAUUCUGUGUAACUGCAUCUAGUUAUUAUAACGUGCAGUUGAAUAGAAAAUUAAAAGUGUGAAUUUCAAAAAUAGAUGUGACCUUAACGGAAGUAACUGAUAAAAUAUGCAGAUAUAAAUGGAUCUAUGCUACUGCGGCUGGUAUACUUGCUUCAAGCUUAAUUGAACAGAGCUUGCAAUUUGCUUAUUUCAAAGUUAUAUCUUUAGUUCCUAAAAGUUAUUUUAAAUAAUUUGUCAGGUUGAUGUUUAGCCAGCCAUUCGUUUACUGUGAGGGAUUUCCCAUGCUAUGUGUUACCUUAUGUGCUAAUGGACUUUUAUCGCUCUAGAUUAAUUUCAUAGAAUUCAACUAGCGGAGAGUUCAGAUCUCAUGAGUUUACUGAGUAUUUUAUUGCACCUAGGCAAACUUCUGCAAACUGCCUGCGAUCGUUUCAAGAAAGUCCCGCCCCUCUGCACCGCCCAUUAGAAACGGGAGCCUAUUUAAGUAUAAAGUUCCCUUUUCUUAGUUUUGUGUCGAUUAAGAAAUCUGAUCGAUUUCAGAAUUCAGAAAGGGCAUACGUAGCAGAGAGAUGAACUUAGACAGUGACUGCAGCAUGUCAGUCAGUUGUGGCAAUGGGAAACUUAGGCAGUGGCUGAUUGAGCAGAUUGACAGCGGGAAGUACCCAGGAUUGGUUUGGGAGAGUGAUGACAAAACCAUUUUCAGGAUUCCAUGGAAGCAUGCUGGCAAACAAGACUACAACAGGGACGAAGACGCAGCCCUCUUUAAGGGAUGGGCACUCUUCAAAGGGAAAUACAGGGAGGGGAUUGAUAAACAAGACCCCCCUACGUGGAAAACAAGGUUACGAUGUGCCUUGAACAAGAGCAAUGACUUUGAGGAACUGGUGGAAAGAAGUCAGUUGGACAUUUCAGAUCCUUAUAAAGUUUAUAGAAUAAUACCGGAAGGUUCAAAGAAAGGAGCCAAACAAAUUAGCAUGGAGGAGCAGUCGGUACAUAUGAACUCGCUUGGCUACACUAUGCACCCUUCAUAUCCGCCCCUGCAAACUCAGGUAUCUAACUACGUGGUGCCUCAUGAACGUACCUGGAGGGAGUAUGAGCAGCCUCACUCUGAAAUGCCUUACAGCCCAUGCCCAUAUCCUGCACGAAACCUUCCCUGGCAAGGGGCUGCCUGCGAAAAUGGUUACCAACUAACAGGAUCAUUUUUUUGUUCACCUACUGACUCACAACCUCAGGGUCUUUCACUAGAUUCUGCCAUGAGGUCUGCAGAAGCUUUUGCACUCACAGAUUGCCGUCUAAACAUUUGCUUGUACUACCGAGAAUCCCUGGUAAGAGAGGUGACAACAACAAGUCUGGAAGGCUGUAGGAUAUCUUCAAGCCCAAGCAUAGAUGACAAAAUCUAUAGCUACAGCACCAUGGACCAGGUCAUUUUCCCCUACCCGUUUCCAACUUCGCAGAGGAAAGGCAUGGAGAAGCUACCAAACCAUCUGGAGAGGGGGGUGCUGCUGUGGAUGACCCCCGAUGGUCUGUAUGCCAAAAGACUGUGCCAGAGCCGGAUCUAUUGGGAAGGACCUCUUUCACCAUACAGCGACAGGCCUAACAAACUUGAAAAGGAACAGACCUGCAAGCUGUUCGACACACAGCAGUUUCUGACAGAACUGCAAGGCUAUGUCCAUCAUGGACGCUCGAUGCCACGGUUCCAGAUCGUCUUGUGUUUCGGUGAUGAGUUUCCUGAUCCACAGAGGCAGAGGAAGCUGAUCACAGCUCAUGUUGAACCCAUGUUUGCAAAACAACUGUAUUACAUUGCUCAGCAACAUAGCACUGGUCCUGUCAUUAGAGGAUACGAUUUACCCGAACACGUCCCUGCUCCUGAGGACUACCAAAGGGCUAUUCUGCACCCCUCCAUCCAAGAAUGAAGAUACAUUUUAGAUUAUGUAAUAUUCAUUUGGAUAACUGAAUCACCCAUGGAAGGUAAUGUCACUUAGUAUGCAGUAUCUGAGAGGACAGAGAACACAAAAAGAAGAUACGUGACAAAUGAAUUUACCUUCACAAAAACCACGGAAAGAGGAACUAUCUACAUGUUAGAGGGAAACUGAAAACUGACAAAACAAUUGACUUGCAGGCAAUUUUGUAUUUCUAUCAAACGAAUGACUGCGUAAUUUUGCAGAAACUGCAAUAUUUAUUUGUUAUCCCACCUUCUCAAGCUAGAACAGAACUUUUUUUUUCUUCAGCUGGAAGAAAAGCCAUUAUUGGGUACAAUACCCUAACACUUUUAUGUUUUUUUUUUAUGUUUUUAUUUUUAUUACAUAUUUCAUUUUGAUUAAAUGUCUUUUGUUUGAAGACUUA